AUGAUCUUAGUGAUUGAUUUUGGUGAGCACUGUCCUGGCGGCAACUAUGUAAUCCAGACGACAGAGGGUGAGAGGAUCGCCCAGCUACUCUCCGGAUAUAUUGAUAUUAUUAUGAGGAAGCAGAGGAAUCGCGAGGCUGCGCUUCUUGAAGGCGACGAAGAGAGUACAAUUGUUGAGGAAAAUGUAGAACCUGAAAAGGCCAAUCUGAUCCAGAAUCUUACAGGUACUCUUCCCACUCGACAUCGCGUUGAGGAGGUUAGCCUAGCUCAUUCUGGCGUCCUAAGGCCCGCGGCUGGAGCAAUCAACAAUCUGUUACGAAAUAACUUCAAUCAGAUAGCCUCCACUAGUCAUACGGCCAUUCCAGUAGCGCUUCAGGGACCGGGAAGUGCUACUCUUCAGCAAGCAUCUGGAUCCACUGUAAGCAAGUUCCUCUUUUCAUGUAUUCAGUGCUAA